CGCCUGCACCAACUGUGGAUGUUUGUCUGAUUUGGAUUAACAACAUGAUUGAGCGCGCAUCAGCAAAAUGGACAAGUUACAGUUUCUGGAGAGCAAAAUACAGUACAGCAUGCAAAAAAGUAAUCUGUUAUUAAAAAUAUAGGUGUUUGAUGCAGACUAAAAUGUUAUUCUGCGCAUGAUGACGCGCAAAAGUACGUAUGUCUCCGCUUCACACGGCUAGCUAGCAGGAAGUAUGUUGAAUCCGUGGAGAAAAAAAUGACCGAAGAACCAAAGUCGGUUGUUGAUCUGAAAAAAUAACAAGUCUCCUAAAUGAGAACGCAAAUGCUGCGUUUUUCAGGUUCGGCAUCAUUCGCUCGGGUGCAAAGAACGUCAUUAAACGGUGCUCUUCCAGUGCCUGCUCCGUGUCCAGAUCCUUCCGGUGCUGCCCUGACGGGGUGGUAUUGAAUGGCUGAAAGAGAAGACUUUCUUCAGCUCUGGGAAGAAAAUGGUUGACACCACAGAAUCCAAGAGCUAAGACUCUAUUUUACUCUUGUCUACUUUGUUUAUUAUCUUGAGACUUGAAUACCCCUUAAAUGUAUACGCCUACUAUGGCAAUGCAUGAUAUGAGCCGUGUCAAGGGUUUCCCCUGUAAAGAGUGRGAUAUGGUUUGCCCCAGUACCCCUAGUCUGUUAGAACACAUGAAGGCUCACUACCAGCAAGAAGAAAAUGGCAGGUUUGAGUGUGAGCAAUGUGGCCGCAUCUAUAAGCAUGCUGGCAGCCUGGCCAACCAUAAGAAAUCCCAUGAAGUGGGUUCCUUUCAGUGCCCGGUCUGCACCAGAACCCUGCCCAAUGCUGUGGCUCUGAAGAACCACCUCCGUAUCCACACCCUAUCCCCAAGCAGUGCCCAGGCAGAGGAAGACGGCGGUGACGAAGGCGCUGAAGACGGACAUGAUGAGAGGAACUAUGGUCUUGCACAGGACCUGUCUGAUGGCUUUGCCCGCAYUCACCUGAACAACAGUGGAAUGGGUCAUGGUGUGAUGUCACAUGACCCAGAUGAUCAUAAGAAGUCACCUGUAACCGAUGAUGCCUGGGAUCGUCCAUUCAAAUGCGAUCAGUGUGAUAGAACCUACCGCCACCAUGGGAGCCUGGUUAAUCACAAGAAAUGUCACCAGGAGGGUGCGUUCAAGUGCACCGUCUGUUACAAGCAGUUCAACAACCUGGCUGCUCUCAACGGCCAUGAGCGAACCCACUCAAAGUUUAAGACUCCUGGAGCAUCGAUGGUUAACAACAACAUACAUGAUUCUGUGACUGAUCAGCGUUCGUCUGCGCCCCAAACCGAUGAUGCAGCUAACUGCUUCUGCCACCUGUGCCAGGUAGCUUUGCCCAACAAGAGUGACUUCCAGGAGCACAUCCUGUUGCAUAAUGCAGCCUCCUCUUCARUGGGUCUUMCCCGUAGUUUCCCUGGGAUAAUGSCGCACAAUCUCAGCGCUGUCCGCUCCCCAGCAUACACACCUGCCCUGGGUGACCCUCUGCCGCUUCCUCCUUUGCCWAAUGAUAAACGUGGCCCCUUUGACCCAAUGCUUGGCCCUCCUGUCAAUAACCCCAUUUACACUUGUGCAUACUGUGGGGCUGGGCAUCCUGAUCUGGAGAGRCUCAAAGUUCACUACCUGACCCAUGACCCCCACCCAGGCUCCCAUGGUCAGGAUGGUAUCCUGAACACUGAUGGGAUUGGCUCUAACUCUAACCCAUCACCAUCUGGAGAGYGAGUGCAAUCUUCUUCUGAUGAUGGRGAACGUCGUUUCAAGUGUCAGGAUUGUGGGAAAAGCUACCGCCAUGCUGGAAGCCUGGUCAACCACAAGCGRUCCCACCAGACUGGCCUCUACCAGUGCACCAUCUGCUGCAAGCAGUAUCCGCARUUGGCWGCCUUGCAUAGCCACCUCCGCAGCCAUAAGGGAAGAACAUCCAACCAAUCYUCCCUCAACACUGAAGGCGACUGGCUCUCCUCMGAACCCCUGACACUUGACUCUCAGAAUAGUUAUGUGCAGGAGGGGAGCGGCGCAACCACCCCCAUCUCCCUCCCRGGAAAUCUUGGUGACGCUGCUCACUUUGUACCUGAUGGUGGCCACAGCAGCGGUUUGGAUUCACUGGAGUUCCAUGAUCGAUUUGAUGGCUCCCUUGCCCAGAGCAACUCUGGGCACUCCCCUCUUCCCCAGAACCACCGCCAGGCUGAUAGACACAUGUGCACUGACUGUGGAGAGAUGUACGGGGACAUAUCUGGCAUCAAGUCUCACAUGUGCCCCCAACGGCGACAGAACCAGGGGAUGUCCAAUGGAUUCAUGGGAAACAUGAGUGGCUACAACAGUCCUGGAGGCGCUGCUCUCCCUUCAGGUGGAGGAAAUGUGAAAGAGAGCAAUGGACAGCGCUCUCAGUAUGGUUCUCAGUCCCAUGCCCAAGGAGGGGGAAAAAGGAUGAAUAAAGAAGAUGAUGAUGAUGGUGAAGUGUACCAGUGCUCGGUGUGUGGAAACCAUUAUGCCAGCCUCAGAGCUCUGAGGAGUCAUCUGCGCAGCCAUGCUAACAAUCCCACAGGGCCUGGGACUUCGGCACUUUCUCCUAACGGUGAGGCAGACUGGAGGAUUAUCUGCAGCACCUGUGGCCAGAGCUUCUCCAGAAAGCAAGACCUGUUAAACCACCAACUGAUUCAUGGGCCACAYAGGUCAGAUGCAGCAGCSCAGAGCAUGGGGGCCGAUCCCACCAKUACUAAUGGCAAAAUGGAUGGUGAUGGGAGGAAUCACAUUUGCGUUGACUGUGGCAUGUUCUUUGCUGAUCGCCAUCACCUGAUCACUCACCUGUGUCCUGGAAAGGGAAGAGGAGGAGUGCUGAGCAAAGAAGGYUUGAAUGGKGCUAAAGGGAUGACUGGSGGAGAUGGAGUUAGUGGCGGCGGAGUUGGAGGACCUGGAGGCAGUCGUGAUAUGGGAGGACAGGACCGUAGACAACAGAUGCCAGAUUCGGAGGAUCGACCCCACAAAUGUGACCAGUGUGGAAGGGGCUACAGGCACCCUUGCUCCCUGCUCAACCACAAGAAAUCUCACAAGACCGGAGUCUUCAGAUGCCUUGUCUGCCAGAAGCGCUACUACAACCUGCUGGCGCUUAAGAACCACCAGAGGACCCACUUUGAUUUAAAAAGCAAGGCUGCCGCUGGCACAGGGAGAAGCGGUCCCCAAGUGGCACCCGAUUCCGAAACGAUGGCUUUACUUGAAUGGCACAAGUGUGAGGAGUGUGGGAAGGCCUUCAAGAUCCAGAAGCAGCUGGAAAACCACCUUCGGCUACAUGAAGAACACCGAGCAAAGGCUCACGCCCAGCUCGCYAAACUAGGCAAUGGAAGGUAUCAAGGAGGACCCUCUGGCAUGCAGGCCAUGAGAGGAGAAUCGUCCAAAUCCCAGAACCCUGGCAUGGGGGAAGUCAAGUAUGGACAACAACAACAAGGCUUCAAGCAACCCUACUCAGAGGCUGGRACUUCAAGGGCUCAGAAUUUUGAUCUACAAGAAGGGGGACGACGACCCUUCGCCUGUGACGAGUGCGGACGGAGCUAUCGUCAUGCAGGRAGCUUGGCCAAUCACAAGAAUCUUCACAAAAUUGGCGAGUAUCACUGCAAUGUCUGCAACUCCACUUACCCSAACCGCCUGGCCAUGAAAAACCAUCUGCGUCUUCAUUUUGCCCUCAAGAAGCACACUUGCCAGGAAUGUGGCAAAGGAUUCCGUACCCAAAAGCAGCUGACCACCCACCACUCUGCACAGCUCUGCAAGGGGGCUGCAGGAGCUGUUGCUCAAAUGGAUUACGAGUGUGAUGGGUGCUGCGAGGGUUUCGCUACUGCAGACSAGCUGGCUGCACARGACUGCCCUGCUCAGCAGCURCCUUCGUCCUCGGCCUCCCUCAACAGCUCAAGCCUCAGCAUCGAUGGGGCUGACCUUGUGCCAGAUGAACGKCCCUACAGCUGUGACAUCUGCAACUGCUCUUACAAACAUGCCAGCAGCCUGCUGAACCACAAGCACACACACAAGACGGGCACRUURACUUGCACCUACUGCGACAAGCCGUACUCCAACUACAUGGCGCUGCGCAACCACAUGCGCAUCCACACGCAGAAGAAGAGGCACAUCUGCCACCACUGRGGGAAAGCYUUCCGGCUAGCCAGAUUCCUCCGCAAUCACCAGAAGGUCCARGAGGAGGGCCACACACGCUUUGGCUGCACCAGCUGCGGGAAGAGCUUCCAGGGGAGGUCAGGCCUGGCGAGGCACCGCUGCGGGGAGAACCAGGUAGGCAAGGAGGGCAGGAGGAUGGCCACUGCAAGCACGACAGGGGGAGAAGAGUGCCGGUACACAUGUGACCAGUGUGGCCGCUCCUACGCCCAUGCCAGCUCCCUCCUCAACCACAAAAACACCCACACCGUCGGCAUUUACCACUGUGCUGUGUGCCUCAAGACCUAUUCCAACCUCCUGGCCCUCAAGAACCACCGGCGCAUCCAUUCAGAGAUACGGCGUCACCGCUGCCCAGAAUGCGGCAAGGCUUUCCGUGUCUCCUCCCAGCUCAACAGCCACCGUCGCGUCCACCUAAAGGAGAGGGAGCUAACUUGUGGCCCCUGCCAGCGCAGCUUCCCCAGCCAGGCCAGCUUCCGGCUCCACCAGGAGAUCUCCCACGGCCAAGCCCCCAGGCCCCCCCAGCAGAKACAGGCCAGGGCUGGGGGAGCCUCUGGGGGCACAUCCGGGGGCGGGAGCUCAGGCCUUAYCUGGGYCUCCGGCCUGGAUCUCACGRUGUUGCAGGCCCAAGGACUGGWCCCCAAUGGACUACCCAAAAUGAACUCCCUGUCCUUCCAAGGCCCCAGUGGCAGCAGGAGCCGUGGGGCGACGGGGACCAAGUCGCACGUCUGCAACCAGUGCGGCCGCUGCUACCUCCACGCCAGCUCCCUCCUCAACCACAAAAACAGUCACAAAACAGGCGCCUACUUCUGUAACUCCUGUCAGAAGGAGUUUCCCAACCUGAUGUCCCUCAAGAACCACCGGCGCAUUCACACUGAGCCCAAACGUUUCCAGUGCCCUGACUGCGGAAAGUCCUUCCGUGUGUCCACCCAGCUCAUCUGCCACAGGCGCAUCCACACAAAGGAAAAGCCCUUUUCCUGCCAGCAAUGCGACAAGCGCUUCUCCAGCAAGUCCAACCUGCGCCACCACCAGAAGGUGCACUGGAGCAGCUCAGCGCCCCCUACCAUGGCCAUGGGCGCUGCCAGCUUCUUGGCACGAAGAUGAGCUUCAAACCUUAUUAUUCUGCAGAUGACAGCAAUGCUCUUUAUCGGUUGCUUCUUUCUGGCAUCACAUUUGUGUAUUCCUCCUAAUAUUAAAAAAAAAAAAAAUUGUUUCUGGGCACCCAUAUUUUAAACACUGCGCCUAACUAGUUAAGAUGUAUAGACAAUAAGUUGUGGUUAAAAAAAAGGAAAAAAAAUGUAUAUUGUUAGGCCCAUGCCGGCAUUUGGUUUUAUCCUGUAUCGUAAUCGUACUUCUGACUGCAUUAUUUACAGUUUGACUUUUAUAAAACAGAUUAUUGUAGAAUGCAUUUAUUUAUAUUAACACUUGUAAUGGAAAACGCUAGUUGUAGGAUCUCUGUUUAGGAGCUGUGUUGUAACCACCCCCUUUCCUUACACUUACCCCAGACCAUUCAUCCUGUAUGUAUAAUUGACAUGGAGUCAAGUAUGAAGGACUCCCAAAGAACACUUGUUACAGUACUCCUCCAUGUCGUCUCAAUUUGUUAUGGUUUAAAAAAAAAAAAACGUCCCUUGUACAAUAAACAGUUGUAUAAUGUGUGUUUUUGAUUGCAGUACAAAGAUUAAGGAAUGAUUUCUGAAGUGAUGUUGUGACUGUCUCCCCUCAAGUCAGACUGGACUUCCUUCUGUUUCACAAAAAGCUCACACUCAAAGGGAUGACUUUGUGAAUUGUUUGUGCGUGCAGUCCUCAUUCUCUUUAAGAUUUUGUUACACCUUAUCGUAACCCUUGUAUUUAUUAGUAUUUCUUUUAUUUAAUUGCGUUUUGACUAUUCAAAGCUCUGUGAACACCUUUUACUGGGAGCUCUGGUGCUAGUAAGUGAAAUAUAUAUAGUGACAGUGAAGUGAUUUAAGAGCAAUGUGAUAACUAGACAACUAACUAUUUUAAUUGAACUCUUCCGUUUUCUCCAGAAUUGGUUAAAAGUGGACACUUCCAACCAUCGUUACGGUUAGAUUAGAAAGGAUUGGUUUGAACAACUAUAAUGAAUCAUUUUCAGUUCUAACUUUUUGUUUCAUACAUGUAUGUAAUGCCUACUAUACACUUUUAUAAACUAUGUUUUGAUAAUUCAUUUCUUAACAAAACCUGUCCAUAUUAUAACCCCCUAAUGCUGAGUACUGAAAAUAAAUAGCUGGAAAACAAGUGACGAACAUUGUGGUGAAUCAAUUGUCCUUUAACUCCACGCUUUUUAAUGUACUUUUGAAAGUGUUAAGUGUUUUAAUGAUCAACAUGUUUUCACACAGGCAAUUUUUAACCUGUGAAGGUGAAAUCAACCUGGGUUAACUCAAUCUUGUUGAAGACUUGGCUUGAACAUUUUCGCUUCAGUCAAUUGGUCAAAUGAAAAUGCGUCUAGUUGAGGGGCCAAAUAAUUGACCUGUUGAAGGAAUGUAAGGAAGGGGGGGUAUACAAUUGCAGAUCUUUAAGCAAAUGAUGCAGACUGAGGAUGAAGUUUGAUAAUGUUAUUUACCUUGUUCCCUCUAGAAAGGCGGGUGCCCUCAUCAUACACCUAGGCUGUGUACACAGACAGCCCAUUGCUGAUAUUUCUUUCCACUAAAUGUUAUUUUGACUAAUCACAUCAGAUCUUUUCACAUCAGAUCUUAUUCAGAGCUGAUCUAAUUAAACUGGCAAUUUAGUGGAGAAAAAGAUUGGCAUAAGGCUCCCUGUAUAAACACAGCCCUAGAGGAUUUGACCUCUGUUAUUUUCAGUCAUUUACUCAUGUUAGUCCAAACAAUUUCAAAAAUGGACACUAAUGCAUCUAUAUGUAAUCUCUAAGGUACAAUCUUUGAAUGCAUUCCAUUAUCUUGAUGCUAGGAUAUUUUUGUUUUAUGCAGCACAUAAUCACAAUAAUAUUGAGUUUACGAUGUGGUUGUUGAAAAUAUACCUUUUAUUUUUAUAACCAACCAAAUGGGUUUGGAGUUCUUAUAUCAUUGGAAGAAGAAUAUCCUCAAACUCCUUUCUUGAGUUUUUUCACUUAGCUGAUGUUUAGACCAACCUCAGUUUUCCACAUUUCUUUUUUUUUUAAAGUCAACCCAGUCAAGUUUGAGAGUGCAUGUUUGCCGCUAGUUAGCUUAGCACGCUAACACCAGUGUCCAUAUGGAAUCUGUGGAGCUGAUGCCAACGUCUAGUAACCACAAUGGCAUUUCUAUUAUAAUAUGUUGUUCAAGAGUGUGGUCACUAUACACGUUGGAUGGAGUGUCUGCGUGGUGGUUAAGUGUGUUUUUGGAUGUCCACUUUUGUUCAAUUGCUUCCUAUAAGCUCUUAGAUUAGUAUGCUAAACUAACAAGUGGCUGCUCAAAAUAACGAAAUAAAAUAUUUUUGUCUGGGUUGAUUAAGAAACGCUCAAGUAUUGGGAGAAACCAAAGGAAAUAGUUUUUUGAGUAUGUUGUCCUAAGGGUUGUAGAAUCAACAUUGCAAUAUUGCUGUAUCCCAAUUUUUGUGUAUUUAUCACCAUGAAUAUGAAACUAUCCCAGAUAUUGAAGAUACAAAUCUCUCAUCCUUAAUCUUUCACAUGUAACUCUGACCUGUUCCAUAUUUGUUUUGUUUUCAUGUACAUUUCGUCUUUUAUAUAUGCAUGAUAGUUUGUGCUUAAUAAAGAUCCAUCCGUGUUGAAUAUAA